AUGGCAAGAACAGUAUUGAUCACUGGAUGUAGUCAAGAUGGCAUCGGUGAAUCGCUCGCUAUAAGCUUCCAAAGAGCAAAUUGCGAGGUUAUAGCCACCGCUAGAGAUGCCUGCAAAAUGAAAAGACUCGCGGAAUCUGGAAUCAGAACGCUGGAAAUCGAUAUAUCCAGUGACGACAGUGUAAACGCUGCUGUUCAGAAGCUCGCAGAAGAAAAUAUAUCCAUAGAUAUACUCGUAAAUAACGCCGGUAUAAUAAACAACGGGCCUUUGGUUGAAACUUCCUUAGAUACCGCCCAGAAGGUUAUCAACACCAACGUCAUCGGCUCCUUCCGUCUCACAAAGGCGCUCGUACCCUCUAUGAUUAAGUCAAAAGAAGGCCUCGUUAUAAAUGUCAGCUCUGUCGUAGGCGAAGUUCCUCUUCCUUUCGGUGGUUUUUACGCUAUAAGCAAAUCAGCCUUGAAUACCCUUUCAACAGUCUUGCGUACAGAGCUAGAACCAUUCAAUAUCAAAGUCAUGGUCCUCGAGCCAGGCGCUGUGAAGAGCAACAUUGCGAAUAAUCACCUUCCAUACACUGCUUCCGAGGCAUCUCCGUACCAUCCUAUUAAAGACUUGAUUGCAAACAGAUUGCAACUCUCUCAAAUACACUCAACAGCGCCUGGAAGAGAAGCCUUUGCCGAUGACGUCGUUCGAUACGCUCUCAAAAGGUCACCACCAAAGCUUCUCAUCACAGGAGGCAAAGCGUGGCUCUUCAAGAUACUCACAAAGUUACCCUCGUCUCUUGUGCAAUGGCUUUUUUCAUAUAGAUUCGGCUUGAAAAAGCUCAAGAACAUUGUAUCUACUCAGCGCAAGACCAAUUGA